AUGACUUCAGUGAACCUUACGGAGCUGUUCAGUCGUUGUUUUGAGCUCAAGAAUGGAACUGAACUUAUUCUGCACCAGUCGGCGGUUGGGGAUGUUGGUUGUGUAGUUUGGGACGCAGCAAUAGUCUUGUGCAGCUACUUUGUGAAAUGUGCCGGUUUGAAACAAGGACAGUUAUACGUUGACAGUUUAGAUUUCCAAGGAAAAAGUAUGUUAGACCUCGGCUCAGGGACUGGGGCUGUUGGUUUGGUCACAGCAUGUCUCGGAGCAAGAGCAAUAGUCACAGAUUUGCCAGAUUUUGUACCAUUGAUGCAAUACAACAUAACAGAAAAUAAGGGCAAAUUCACAGGCUCCUGUUCUGCAGAGCCACUUAGAUGGGGUGACAGAGAGCAGAUGAGCUUUCUGAAACAGUCCGAUUUUCCACAUGGUGCUGAUUUUAUUGUACUGGCAGAUUGUGUUUACUAUGAAGAGUCACUGGAGUCCUUGGUUGAGACCAUUCUAUAUUUCUCAUCGGAAAGAACUCAUGUCUAUUGCAGCUUUGAGGAAAGAGAUAUGGGCAACAAACCUGAGCUGCAGCAGAAGUUUUUUCAAAUGAUGAGAACACAGUUUGACAUUACCAAAGUUCCUCUCUCAGCCCAGGAUCCAGAUUAUAGUAGUGCAGAUAUACAUGUGCUCCAUUGUGUCCUUAAAACUAGUCUAUGUCAUGUAGUUUUCCUGAAUCGAAUAGGUAAUUGUUAUUAUAAAUGA